GCAGCCAUGUCAUCAGACUCUGAGAUGGCCAUCUUUGGGGAGGCAGCUCCUUACCUCCGAAAGUCAGAAAAGGAGAGAAUCGAGGCCCAGAACAAGCCUUUUGAUGCCAAGACAUCCGUCUUUGUGGUGCAUCCUAAGGAAUCCUUUGUGAAAGGGACAAUCCAAAGCAAGGAAUCAGGAAAGGUCACUGUCAAGACUGAAGGUGGAGAGACUCUGACAGUGAAGGAAGAUCAAAUCUUCUCCAUGAACCCUCCUAAGUAUGAUAAAAUCGAGGAUAUGGCCAUGAUGACCCACCUCCAUGAACCCGCUGUGCUGUACAACCUCAAAGAGCGUUAUGCAGCCUGGAUGAUCUACACCUACUCGGGUCUCUUCUGCGUCACUGUCAACCCCUACAAGUGGCUGCCGGUGUACAACCCCGAGGUGGUGUUGGCCUACCGAGGCAAGAAGCGCCAGGAGGCCCCUCCACACAUCUUCUCCAUCUCUGACAAUGCCUAUCAGUUCAUGCUGACUGAUCGGGAGAACCAGUCUAUCCUGAUCACUGGAGAAUCUGGUGCAGGGAAGACUGUGAACACAAAGCGUGUCAUCCAGUACUUUGCAACAAUUGCAGCAAGUGGAGAUAAGAAGAAGGAAGAACAAUCUGGAAAAAUGCAGGGAACGCUUGAGGAUCAAAUCAUCAGCGCCAACCCACUGCUGGAGGCCUUUGGAAACGCCAAGACAGUGAGGAACGACAACUCCUCACGCUUUGUAAGUUUUUCAUCAGUGAAGCUGACAUUAAAUG